GUGAGGAUGAAGUCCGAGUCAGUCGUACUCCAAAAUGGCAGCCACAGGGAAAAUGUUGCAGAAGGGGAAAGGAGGAAUGAGGAUGGUUCCAGUAAAUGAAUCAUCUGCCAGUCCUUUUACCUUGCCGGAACCUUCAUGGAUACCGGAUGCACAGUGCCAGAGCUGCAUCCAGUGCCAGGGAAAGUUUGACUUCCUGAAUAGAAGGCAUCAUUGUCGACGCUGCGGUAAAUGUUUUUGUGAUACAUGUAGUUCAGCAAAAGUCUUGUUGCCUCGGAUGUUGUAUGUAGAUCCUGUCAGACAUUGUGCUGGAUGUACUGCUGUCAGCAAAAAGGAGAAUGAUUUCUUCGAGAAACACAUUAAAGCCCUUAUGACAGGUGGCGCAUUCAGUGUAAACCAGACAGGGGAGACCAAUGAUAAUGAUACUGUGUACACGUGUAAACUUUCUUCAGAUCAUAGACAUCUGCACUUUGAGAAUGAACACAGACGGCUAGAUGACAUAAGCUUGACAGAUAUUGAUUCACUACAGAUCUGGACAGAAGAGAAAGAUUCGGAUGUUUUGCAACCAAGAAAAGGAAAGGGAAGUAACCCGCUAGCCAGUGGUUUGGCCAUGAAGUACAAGGACAGUUGUGGUGAAAUGCAGUUGGUGAAGAUGGUUGUAGCUGGACAAAAUAAAAGGCAGGGACAGUGCUGGGUUGCCAGUAUGCAAAAGGCCUUCAAGAUGAUACAUGAUUCAAGAACAAGUAUACGCUGAUAUACCUGACACAGUGGUCAGCAAAACUACUUAAAAUUUGGGAAGGGUGCAAUGUCAGAUACUUCUAGUGAAAUAAAAUGGACCACUUUCUUGAUGGUUAACUGUAAACAAAUACAGACCAAUUUUAUGGCAUUUAGAAAUUUACUAAUACUGUCCAAAAAAAGAAUGAAUCAAUUUCUUGACAGUUACCAUAGACAAAUAUAGACCAAUUUUAUACUUAGAAUCUUGAAAUUCAUUGAUGUGAAAUAAAACAGAUCAGUAUCUUGACAUUUAAACAGGAACAAAUAAAGACCAAUUUGAUAUCAUUUUGAAUUUUACAAAAAUUGUAAAAUAAAAUUGAUAAAAAUCUUGACAGUAACUGUAAACAAAUACAGAUCAAUUUUAUGCCAAUUUGAAAUUUACAAAUACUGUGAAAUAAAAUGAAUAUUUUCUUAUUGAAAGUUUCAUACAUAAUACUGACCCAUUUUUGUUCAUUCUUAAUGUUACAAAUAAAUCACUUCAUCAGAAAAGA